AUGGCUUCUCCCAGCUGUGCCCUCUCUCACACAGUGGCCCCUGAGGACUCCAGCUGCCCCCUGCCCAGCCCUGAUUAUCUGAGAUCAGCUGAGAUGACUGAAGUGAUGAUGAACACCCCAGCUAUGGAUGAGAUCGGGCUAAGCCCCCGCAAGGAUGGCCUCUCGUACCAGAUUUUCCCUGAUCCCUCGGACUUUGACUGUUACUGUAAGCUGAAGGACCGUCUGCCCUCAAUCGUGGUGGAGCCGACGGAGGGUGAUGUAGAGAGUGGGGAGCUGAGAUGGCCACCUGAAGAGUUCCUUGUGCAGGAGGAGGAAGAGGAGGAAGAAAUCUGUGACGAUGCAAAGAAGGACAACAAGGAGCAAUAAAUGUCAUCUGAGGAAAGGCAAGGGACUGCACCCUUCUAAAGGAAGAGCCACACUUAUUUUGAAAGUCUUUUUUU